AUGUCUGUUUCUCAACGCGAAGAUAAUGAACUGCCCAUACCAGAAGUCGUCUCAGCUCAUGGAAUUCCCUCUGGCUCUCCGCGCUUCGGUGAGGGGGCCAAAAAUACCGAACGUCUUUCCGCAGAUCCAAAAGGACCUCUCGGCCUUAACCUUCUAUAUGCUCCAACAGAGCCUCUUGUCGACUUUAUUUUUGUUCAUGGCCUUGGCGGUGGAUCGAGAAAGACAUGGAGCAAGACGACUUCGGUGAAAGACUUUUGGCCACGGGAAUGGCUUCCUAGAGAUCUAGCUUUCCAAAAUGUACGAAUACACAGUUUCGGAUACGAUUCGGACUGGGCAAAAGGCAAGGUCAAUUUCCUGAACAUACUUCAUUUCGGCAAAUCUCUUUUGGGUCAGAUGAGCACGCUGCCAUGUUUGAGAGAUGCGGAUACACCAAUAGUACUCGUCGGGCAUAGUAUGGGAGGUUUGGUAAUUAAGAAGGCUUACAAUCUAGCAAGACAGAGUGCCGCUUAUGAAUCUCUGGCCAACCGCGUGCAUUCAAUAUACUUCCUUGCCACUCCGCACAGUGGCUCCGAUUCCGCCAAACUCUUGAGCGAUAUUCUUCAGUUCGCCUCGAUACCGCGCGAAUACGUCGCAGAGCUCAAACGAGACUCCGGUACCAUUCAAACCAUCAGCGAUGACUUUCGCAACUAUGAGCGAGACCUCGAUCUCUGGUCCUUUUACGAGACUUUGCCCCUUAGCAUGGGGAAAAUCUUCAGUCGAAUCAUUGUCCCGCCGGACUCAGCAGUCAUGGGCUUUCGCGAUGAGAAGCAGAUGCUCAUGAAUGCCGAUCAUCGCUCAAUCUGCAAGUUUGACUCGAUCGCGGAUCCCAACUAUCAGAUUCUUCGCAAUUCUCUUGAGACUACUGUUAUCGAAAUAUCAAAGACGGUGCGGACAUCGCAGCAAGAUUUACGGCAUAGCCAGCUGAAGGAUCUCGAAAGCUAUUUAGGAGUGUUGGACAAGUUCGAUAGUGAUCUUGGUACUGCGCAGGAGGCACGAUUGUCCGGGACAUGUGAAUGGUUCUCAACCAAAAAUGCCUUCCUCAAUUGGAAGAACUUUGGGCAACUAGCUCCCACUGUUUUAUGGAUCGGCGCAAAACCAGCUGCUGGCAAAUCGAUCCUUGCAGGCUACGCUUUCGAUCAUCUGCAAAAUGAAAAAAGAAAUGGAAAAGAAAAUUGCAGUUUCUUCUUCUUUAAGUAUGGAGAUAAAUCCAAAUCACGACUGGGUGCCUGUCUGAGAUCUUUGGCUUUCCAGAUGGCUUGCUCUGACUUUGCAGUCCGCCAAAAGUUGCUAGAGAUGCAAAGGGAUAAUAUCAAGUUCGAUAGGGACAAUGAGCGUACCAUUUGGCGGAAAUUAUUUCUUUCCGGCAUCUUCAAAACGACAUUCUCAAGUCAUUACUGGAUUAUUGAUGCGCUGGAUGAAUGUGUCAACCCACUGGCUCUCUUUGACCUUAUGUUGAACAAUCUCGAGUCCUCCGUGCCACUGCGAGUCCUCAUCACCAGCCGAAUCACUGGAGACCUCGAGGAGAGUUUCAAAAGCCUCGGCCCCCGUCGAUACCAACUCCAACAGAUCUCUACGGCAGACACCCUUCCAGACAUCAAGCUCCUUGUCCAAUCCAAGGCGAAAGCCUUUCGUCUGCAUAAUGACGAUGACCGUACUGCUCUAGUGGAAAAAAUAUUGCAAAAAUCGAAUGGGUCAUUCCUUUGGACAAUCUUGGUCGUCAAUGAAUUGUCCAAAUGUUAUAGUCAGAAAGAUAUCAACCAGGUCCUUGAUGAUGUGCCUUCCGAUAUGAAGCCUUGGUACCAGCGGACUUUAGAUACCAUGUCACAGAACACACAUGGACGCAAGCUGGCUCGCGCCAUACUAAUUUGGGCAACAUGUGCGACUAGACCCAUGUCUUUGAUGGAGCUUGAUAUUGCGCUCAAACUAGACGCCAACGAAACCUGUCACGGACUGGACCAAACUAUUACGGCACUGUGUGGGCAACUAGUAGCCAUUGAUCGAUUUGACAGAGUUCAGAUGGUCCACGAGACAGCCAGAGAAUUUCUUUUGGAUGCCAACUUGAAUUCCGAGCUUGCAAUUAAGCCAAUGGAGGCACAUACACGGAUUGCAAAAGCUUGUCUCAUAUACCUCACCGGGGAUAAAAUGAAGCCACCUCGAACGGGCAGAUGUCAGUCUAGUAUCGCCAUAAAGAGAGGAGAAUUUUCACAAUACGCUUGUACGACAUUUUCAUACCAUCUAGCGAAUGCCGACCCCCGCUCAAAUGACCUUCUGUCUCAUGUGGACAAGUUCCUCAAACUCAAUGUCUUAUCGUGGAUAGAGAUUAUCGCUCAGACACAAGAUCUCAUACUUUUUAUUCGCGUUGCAAAGCAUUUACGAUCAUAUCUCAAUGCAUGUUCCGCGGAACGAUCUCCCGUCAGCAGCGAGGUAUCGCUCAUCAGAGGCUGGACCACGGAUCUCAUUCGUAUCACUGCUAAAUUUGCAGACGCACUUGUUUUGUCACCUUCCGCGAUCUAUUCUCUUGUCCUUCCAUUCUGUCCCACGGCAUCUUCGGUAUACAAAACAGCCAACAAUGGACGAAGGCUUACGAUUGUAGGACUUUCAAAUUCUCAAUGGGAUGAUCGAAUAUCCUGCAUUGAAUUCAACCAGGGUCAGACGAGUGCGGUCAGUGCUGGUGACCAGUUCCUGGCAGUUGGCCUCACAAAUGGGACAAUCAAUCUGUAUCAUGCAUCAUCUUACCAGGAAUAUAGAAGUCUCAACCAUGGCGAGGCUGUCAAAUUCUUGCAAUUCAAGGAGAAGUCUGAUCUCAUGGCAUCCUGUGGCAUGAAGAAUGUAAGAAUAUGGGACAUUCGCAGGGGCGAAAUAGUCCACAGCUUUCAGGCCCCUCAACGUCCCAUCUGUUUGGCCUUUGACCAAAACUUACUCAUGGCUGCUUCGCAUCAAAACAGCCUAGCAACAUGGGAUUUGGACAAUGACGGAGCACGAAAACCAGACAGAUUAUGGAACGAUUCUCUCGACCAGACUACCACGCAAUUUCGCCGACCACCAUGCGCCAUAUCAAUAUCUGCAAGCCAUCAAAUGCUGGCUGUAGCGUACAGCGGAAAGCCUAUAUUACUUUGGGAUCUAGCCGGAGAUAUGUUCUAUGGCAACUGUGGCAGAAAAUUGUCCAAUGGCAAAACUAGCACCCAUGUCAUCUCUGCUCUCGUCUUCAAUCCCAACGUUAAUAUUGGGCUUCUGGCUGCAUCUUAUCUUGAUGGGCAACUAGCGAUUCUCGAUCCCUUCAAUGACCAAGAACAGUGUAGUUUCCGAGCAGACUGCCAUACUCUCGCUGCCAGCUCGGAUGGUCGCUUGCUUGCGGGAGGUGCAGGCUCUGGGAUCAUCCAGGUGUACGAAUUUGACACUUUACGAUUACUCUACAGGGUAAAAUCAUCCAACUUCUACAUCAAGCAACUAGCUUUUAGUCCAGAUGGUCUCCAUUUUACGGAUAUCAGAGGCUCUCAAUGCAAUGUCUGGGAGCCGGCAGUUCUGUUGCGUGACAUAGCUAGCGACGAUAGCAGCGAGGACUCAUCGACCUCUGUUGUGGAGGCAAUCUUAUCUGAUAGCAAAGUUAGGAUCAGUGCCAUGAUCUUGCACCAAGAUUUAGAGGUAGCAUUCUGCGGCAAGGAAGAUGGCUCGGUUUCUGUCUACAAUGUGAGGAGCGGUGUCCAGAUGGGUACACUCUAUCGCCACAAAUCACUUGUUCACAUCCUAAUCUGGUUGCCAUCGACUGGCGUAGUAAUGAGUGUCGACACAUCUAACACCAUAUUUGCGUGGAAAUUGCAACAGGGUAAACCCCCCAGCUGGAAAAUCGACACACAACUGUUUCAGUGUCGUCUUGAUUGCGGCAGUACCAUCAUCCAAGUGCUACCAGGCGAAGCGGCCGGGAAGUUCAUCCUUUCGACUCGUGAAUCAGACCACUUCUGGAGCAUCACCGGCCACGAAGAAAGGGUUCGUGGACACUCAGAGAAGCCUAGGAUUCGAAAAUGGAUUCAGCAUCUACAGUCACCGCUUCAAAUCAUCUGUAUUGAUGGUGCAUAUGCUAAGAUCUACUUGUGGGAUGACUGGUCGGAAGUUGCUUGUGUUUGUCUUGACAUCGAUGUCGAGGGGCUACAGCUGAAAUCCAUCUUUCCAUUCAUAAUGGAGCGCAAGCCACAAAUUCUGCUGGAGAUGUCUGAAUUGAACGGUUCAGCGAACAGGCGAGAAUUAUACUCUGUUGAUGUUGCUCUCUUCGACAUCGACAUCAGCAACAAUACCAAACAAAAUCAAAAGAAUGAUUCGACUAAUACCAGGGAGGUCACCGCCUCUCUUCAAUCACCCAUCCCACCCGCACUUUUGAGCCCAAGACUACGCUCGCAAAUCGACUUCCUAGCAGACUACGUCUCGCACGUCAUCGGCAUCAGUGAAAACGGAAAGCUUGUCUUCCUCGACACACACUCAUGGGUGUGUUCCGCGAGUCUCAAGAGUACUUUCGGCCGCUCUGUUUCAUACUCACGGCACUUCUUCGUGCCGUACGAUUGGUUUUCUGGCACUCGAAACAUUAUCUGUGGAUUAGCGAGGCGAGAUGUUAUAUUUGCGCGGAACGACGAUGUUGCGAUUAUCAAGGGCGGGUUGGAAUAUGUGGAGAAGUGGGCCCUCCGUUCAAUUUUCUCAACUUCAACCUCAGAAAAUGUCGAUAAGCUUCGUCCUGAUCUCCCACUUCGUGCGGCUCCUGAUAUUUCUCAUGCCCAUCUUUCGUUGAGAAAUCCACGCAAAUAUCAAGCAGCUUCUCAUUCCUAUAAGGCUAGUAUUUGUAUAAGGAGAAGGGACAGUCUGAACGAAAGGUCUGGAGAGGCACAAUUUUCGAUUCCCAUAAAGACCCGUCGACCGGCAGUAAAGAUCUUCCACGAACUUGACCCGAUGUCCAAGUCACGCAACAACGCAACAGGCGCAGGCCCGGGCGCAAAUACACAGGAUAAGGUGGAUAUCUCGGUGGUUGACAGUGUUCUGUGCACGGAGUUGAAAAACGAAUUGGGCAGAGAGAAAACUAGUCUGAGCAUGUGCGAAAUGUUCAGCGAGGGGAAUUAA